CUGGACUGCAAGAACUUUUAGUUUCUCUGUGAGCAGGACUAAGUCAGCUGCAGGUCGCUCCUGUUCUUCAGAAGAACUGAAGUCAUGGCUCCAACACUGUUUGAUCAUGAUGCAAAGCAUGGAGACCUCAUUGAGAUUUUCCGGGACAUGUAUCAGCACUGGGGUGUCUACAUCGGUGGGAAUGAAGUUAUCCAUCUACUCCCACCUGACGGGGAUUCCAGUGCUUUCGGUGGCCUGCCGACCCUCCUUGACAGCAGAACAGCACAAGUGAGGCGUCAGAAGAUCUGGGAGGUGGUCGGCCGCCAUGAAUUUAAAAUCAACAACCUCUUGGAUGGGGAGUACGAACCUCGGGACCCUCGCAUCAUUGUGAGGGAGGCUUGUAGCAUGGUGGGUCAGGAGCGACCAUACUCUCUCGCUUUUCACAACUGUGAGCACUUCGUCACGGAGCUACGAUACGGAAAGGCCGAGUCACGACAGGUGAAAACAGCCGCUGUGAUCGGAGGCGUAGCUGUGGCAGGUGUGGGCCUUUUGGCUUUGGGUGCUGCUCUGUUUGGCAGCCUGCUCAAAGAUGACGACCGCAGAGAGAGGAGGCAUCACAAGUAACACGGAAAACACACGAUGGACAAAAGUCAAGACAACUGACGGAGCACUUAUUAUGAUUGAAGAUGUGUUCAUAAUUUAUGACACAUAUGCAAAAUCACUAUUUGACUUAUUAUUGUGGUUGUUUUUGUGUUGAUGAUUUUCUUUUUAAUAAUAAUAAUUGUAGAGCACUCUUGAAAUCAAUAUAGUAAUGUCAACAUGGAUGAUAUGAUGCAA